AGAUAAAAAGUAUAAGUAUCCCUACUUCAGCGUUCUGAUCCAAGGAUGACUGGCUGACUCCAAGAAAGUCGUGGAAUAAUGGAACAACCUUUCCUUCUUGAUGUGUCACUGAGUGCAACAUUGUUUUCUUCAAAUAUGAAAAUAAAAUAUGUCAGACAAAAAUGAAAAUUAGAAAUGACGACUUCUCCGUUGUAAACAAGGUAAACAUUUGCGGCUUUUUCUAGUUUUGCAGGUUAAAAAUAUCCUACUUCUUGUGAGAUCAUGUUCAUAUUUAUCCUUUUAAUGAAAUCGCAGAUUUUUUUUUUCUGUUAGCUGACAAAAUGGCAUAAUAAAUACUGACCAAAUAACUUUUUGAGGAAAAAUGUUGUGGUGGAAACUGUUUUUGUAGUCUGUAAAUGUGACCUAACCUCUGUAGAAGUGGCUGUGACUGAAGCAGAUGUCUGCAGCAGAUUCAUUGUGAGUUUCACACUUUGUGCCCACGGCCACAAUCUAUUUCUGUGGUUCCAGUUAUGUAUGACUGUCUUUAGGAAUGAACCGGACCAUGUUACACCCUGGGCCCUCCCCCAGACGGCCCGCUGAAGAAACAGCUGAUGUCAGUUCUGCUUAAAGACACACACGGUCCCAGCUACAACCGCACUACAACCUGUGCAACAGUACAGUCAAAGGCACAGCAGGCUGCAAGCUUGAAGACAGAAGGGCUCCUGCAGCCCCCACCCCCUCGACCCCCCCACACGUCACGUUUGGCUAAAAGGAGGCUCCAAACCACGCUUCCAAAUCCACAACCCCAGACUUUAAUCCCAAGUUACAGAAGACUAAAUACAAGAGGGUCAUCUCUCAGCGCCCCCAUGUGCCUGCUUGGACGAUGGAGCUGCGCUGCCUUCCUAUAGAGUCCCCCACCACGGCCAGCACCUGCUCCAUGGACCCCCUGUACGACAACUGCCCGCCUUUUGCUCAGCGAGUCAAACCCAGAGAGAAGGGAAUGCAGAGUGGAAUUUCGUGUGCUAGUGUGAGCAGGUUUCAAGGCACUGGCAGCCCCCCACCUGGUGUGGUCCCGGCUUUGGCUGGGGUUCAUCUGCUGGUUUGCGGAGGAGAGGCUGGCGCCUUGCCAGAAAGCUGCUCCUCCAGCUGCAGAAGAGGUCUGGGACGUCCGGCCUGGAAAGAGGAGCCAAGAGGAGGCAGGGAAAAACCAAAAGAACAGGGACGUGGCUGGGGGGCAAAGGACGGCGUUUUCCUGAAGCAAAGCCCCUGUCCAUCAUUAAGCGAGGAACAUCGGAGUGCUUUGUCUCUAUACGACAAUCUUCUGGAUGCUGACACGACUGGCAGCCAUCGGCCGCUCUUUGACGUGGAAACAAGCGUGCAGGACUGGCAGGAGCACAUGUACCAAGCGUGGGCUCCAGAGGAGAUGCAGGAACUGAUGCAGGCAGAGGCUGAGAAGGAAGACAAGAACAAGUGGUCUUGCGAUCUCAUCCAGAAUCCAGGGAAAGGGGAGCAACAACAGGAUCCUGAGUUGGACUCUGGGUCUUGUAUGUCAGCGCAGCAGGAUUCCAAACUGGACCUUGAAAACUCCCCUAAACUACUCCAAACUAAGCUCCAGGUCAAGUGGCCACCUGCUGCAGACCAGCACCACAGGCUGCCAUCUUUGUCUCCAAAGGAGCCCCCUCCUCCCCCACUGGCUGACCCCUCGGCGAGUGCACUCCGGAGCCUCCUCACCAGCCUCCAGCAGCAAAUACUGAGACAGCAGGAGGAUUAUGAGGCGCAAAUCCUCAGUCUGGAGCAGCGAAACGAAGAGCUGCAACUGGAAGUGGUCCAUUUGAAAACCAACCUCUCACAGCAGCGGCAAUGGUACCAGGUGGUUCAGGCCAAGAUCGAGGAGUCGGAGAAGGCCCGGGCUGCUGCGGAGCUUCGCAACGCCACGCUGCAGAGGGAGAUGGAGCAGUUCUUCGACACCUUUGGCGAGCUCAACAAUGAGGCAAAGAAAACGGAAUACAUUGUCAAGAGCUUUUGAGCAGUCGAAUGUCUGGGAGUAGAACUUUUAUUUUCUGAGGUAUGCUCAGAAGAAUGUUCUGAGAAGCACAGGAAACGAGAAUCACUGAUAUCCACUUUAUUAGCUUUGAUGGAUAAAAGAUGUUGGCCGAGUUAUAACGUGGUGGUCAAGACAUAUCACACGGGACAUCCCUGGUCUCCAGAGCUCAGUCCACAUCUGUCUACGUUUUACAUCAGUUUCUGCCCACCGUAGGUCAUUAAGGCAUGACAGAAAGAAUAAAGUCCUGGUUGUGUACAGAAA